GGACGAGCUGACAAAGUCGGAAUAUUGCCGCAUUUCAUUAGGGUCUCUGCACUUUUUUUAUAAUAACUACGGCUUCAUUGACACUGAACAGAAACCAAAAUGUUCAUUACACUAAAAACAUUGCAACAGCAGACUUUCAAGAUUGAAAUAGAGCCAAGUGAUUUGGUGAAGGUGCUUAAAGCAAAAAUAGAAGCAGAAAAAGGCAAGGAUUUCCCAGCCGUUGGUCAGAAGCUAAUAUAUGCAGGUAAAAUUCUAGAUGAUGAAAAGCCCGUUGGGGAUUAUAAAAUUGAAGAAAAGAAUUUUGUGGUGGUAAUGGUUACCAAACCUAAAGCACAGCCUGCCAAACCAGCAGAGAGUGCCCAGACAGCCAGUGCUGCCCCAGCCCCAGCACCUGCCAGUACACCAGCAACCGCCACACCAGAGAAAAAAGAAGAAAAGAAGGAAGAAGUAAAACCAAUACAAGAAGAAACACCGCCCUCGAGUGAUGUUUCAGCAUCAGCUAGCUCAGAGAGUUCCUUUACACCUGCUUCUUCUGUGCCAUCCUCCUCAUCAAUUGUCUCUGCUGAGAGUACACUAGUAACAGGGGAGGCAUAUGAACAGAUGAUACUGGAAAUUAUGAAUAUGGGUUUUGAGAGAGAUCAAGUAGUAAGAGCCUUAAGGGCAAGCUUUAAUAAUCCAGAUAGAGCAGUGGAAUAUCUUUUAACUGGUAUUCCUCAAAUACAUAGCCAAGAAACUCAAGCUCAACCAGCACAACAGCCAGUACAAGCACCUGCACAGCCAGUUGGUACUCCAGCAGCUGGCACACCUGCCUCUGAGACAGGGACACCUGCUGGUGGAGUUCCAGCAGCCACUGGUACACCAACCACUGGUACACCAACUACUGGCGCACCAACUACUGGCACAGGAGCACCAACUGGCACUGGAAGUGCUGAAGACCUUUCCUUUUUGAGAAAUCAACCUCAGUUUACACAAAUGAGAAACCUUGUUCAGCAAAACCCUCAGCUUCUGCAUGUGUUGCUUGAACAGAUUGGUAGGACAAACCCCCAGCUGCUCCAGGUAAUCAGCCAAAAUCAAGCACAGUUUGUUCAGAUGUUGAAUGAGCCAGUGGAGGCAGGUGGGAGUCCGGUGAUGCCAGGGGUUCAGGGAGCAGGGGGGCAAGGGCAAGGACCUGCUCCAGGUGUGGUGCAAGUUACUCCACAGGAAAAAGAAGCUAUUGAAAGGCUCAAAGCAUUGGGUUUCCCAGAGGGUAUGUGCAUUCAAGCCUAUUUUGCCUGUGAGAAAAAUGAAGACUUGGCAGCCAACUUUUUACUAUCACAGGAUUUUGAGGAUGAUGAUCAAGCAAGCUGAUGGAAUUCAACGCUUGUUGUACGAAUAAAUGACUUUAAAGUUACAUGACAGUGAAUACCAAAUAUAAUAAGUAACUGUGAAAAGGGAUUGACUCUAUGGACCCCUUACAUGUUCACUGUGACAGUGCAUGGUUAAGUCCCAUGAUCAUAAAUGUUUACAUUUUUAGAUUACACUCAAAUCUUCCUGUGCUCUUUAAUGCAACAAAACUACAGAGUAGACAUGAACGUGACUAGAUGGUGUAAUAAAAGAUACAUAGGAAUCUAAUUUUUCAACAAAGUUGAUAUUUAGACUGUUAAUAUCCAGUUAUUAGGAUUUAUAAAUGGUCUAAGACAUUUAACAUUUUCAACAGGUUUUCUAAUUUUCUUGUUGAAAUUUCCAUUAAUUAGAAAUUUUGCGUAACAGUCUUUCAAUGCAUUCUUUGUGCUCCAACACAUUCUGUUAUAAGCAUUGAUCUUGGUUUUAAGUUGUAACCAACUUGAUGGCCUUUAGCUUCUAAGAUUUUAUUUCACUGUCUCUGGUAUAAAGGUAACACACUACUAACUUGUGCUUAAGAUGUUUAAGACCAUUUGUAUAUAUUGAUGAGGGUCUUUAAGCUGCCAGGGGACUUUUGAAAUGCUAAAUAUUGGCAGUUGUUGAGCUAUGUUGAAUCUGAAAACAUUUCAAUAAAACUUUCAUCGUUACACA